GCAGCGCGCAGGAGCGUGAAAGCGCUCGGAAGUGUCCUCUCGGUAUUUCGCCUUGUUUUGGGCGACAAAAACCUCGAAAAAAGGUUUAAUUUCUUUCCGACUUCAGCUACAGUGAUAGCUAAGUUUGGAAGGAGCGAAUAGAGGGGAAUUCGUGCUGUUCGGAGGAAUUUAGUUUUGUAUAUUUUGCUGGGAAUUAUUCGAUUGUCCGCAACCCUGACCAAGGAUUAUAUUUAUUAUUACUGUUAUUUUCUUUAUUGCACAAAAAAUAUAAAGUGAAAUCAAAAUGGAAAACUCCAAAAAGGGCUGCUGUGAUUCCAUGCGUAAUUUUUUCACCUCUGCGAAGUUUCUUAUCUAUGUCGGACAUGCACUAUCCACCUGGGGGGAUCGCAUGUGGAACUUUGCCGUGGCUGUGUUUCUGGUCGAGUUGUACGGAAACAGCUUGCUCCUGACUGCCGUGUACGGCCUGGUGGUGGCAGGAUCGGUGCUGAUCCUCGGAGCCAUCAUCGGGGACUGGGUGGACAAAAAUGCUCGACUCAAAGUGGCCCAGACGUCCUUGCUUGUCCAGAACUCUUCAGUUAUUGUGUGCGGUAUCCUGCUGAUGCUGGUUUUCCACUUCAAAGACGAUCUCACACACCUCUACAACGGAUGGCUGCUGACGUUUUGCUACAUUAUGGUUAUCAGCAUCGCCAACAUUGCGAACCUGGCCAGCACUGCCAUGUCCAUCACCAUUCAGAGGGACUGGGUUGUGGUGGUGGCUGGAGAGGACCGCAGCGCCCUGGCAGACAUGAACGCCACAGUAAGAAUCAUCGACCAGCUGACUAACAUCCUGGCCCCGAUGCUGGUGGGACAGAUCAUGGCGUUCGGUUCCCAUUUCAUGGGCUGUGGUUUCAUCUCGGGCUGGAACCUCUGCUCCAUGUGUCUGGAGUACUUCCUUCUGUGGAAGGUGUACCAGAAGACGCCAGCGCUGGCCAUCAAGGCAGGACAGAAGGACGUUGGAAACCAAGAGAUGCAGCAGCUGAAUGUUCAGAAAGAACUGCAGAAUGGUGAAGGCCUGGCUGAAGGUUCGCAGCUGAUGAAUGAGGGAUCUGUGGUGAAGUCAGAUGCAGAGGAGAAGCAGAGAUGCUGCUAUCAGAUGUCUGAACCCAUGCGCACUUUCCGUGACGGCUGGGUCGCCUACUACAACCAGUCCAUCUUCUUUGCCGGGAUGUCGCUAGCCUUCCUGUACAUGACCGUCCUGGGCUUCGACUGCAUCACCACGGGUUACGCCUACACACAGGGUCUGAACGGCUCCAUCCUCAGCAUGCUCAUGGGAGCUUCGGCCGUGUCCGGGAUCUGCGGCACCGUGGCCUUCACGUGGGUGCGCAGGAAGUGCGGCCUCAUCCGCACCGGGUUCCUCGCCGGUAUGGUUCAGCUGUCCUGCCUCAUGCUCUGCGUCGUGUCUGUCUUUGUCCCAGGAAGCCCCUUCGACCUAAGCGUCUCGCCCUUCGAGAGCAUGAUAAGCCAUCUGCUAGGGAACACACCCCUGCCCGAGGCUCCCACCAUGGCAAGCUUGAUCACCACCGAAUCUUCAGUCAACAUCACCACAAUGCAGGCGGAGGAAGUCCCGCAGAUCAAGUCAUAUCUGUCCGUCAGUCUUCUCUUUGCUGGAGUUAUUGCUGCUAGAGUGGGUCUUUGGUCUUUCGACUUGACCGUGACCCAGCUUAUCCAGGAGAACGUCGCAGAGGCAGAGCGAGGGGUCAUCAACGGCGUCCAGAACUCCAUGAACUACCUCUUGGACCUGCUGCACUUCAUCAUGGUCAUCCUGGCGCCCAACCCCGAAGCUUUCGGCCUGCUCGUGAUCAUCUCCGUGUCCUUCGUCGCCAUGGGACACAUGAUGUACUUCAGGUUCGCUUUCAAGAGCCUCGGGAACCGGCUGUUCCUGUGCUGUUCGCCCGAGCAGAAAACGGAAGCGUACUCUCCAUCACUUCCGUCUGUGUAGACCAUCGAGAGGGAACGCGACGACGUGUAUUACUCUAAAACACCGUGCAAGGGACUCGAUUAUACUAACCACUCUUGCAUAGCCAGUGUAUCUACUCAUAUUUAGCACUGUUCAUUUCUACGCAAAGGAAAAAAAAGAAAAACGCCAUCACUAGUUUUCAUUUUAUUGUGUCAUGUGACUUGUAUUUAUUUAGCUUAGCUAGUGCAUGCUUUAUAAGUAGAGUUUUAGCAGUGUAUUGUUACUUAAUGGUUUUUUUUUUUUUUUUUUUUUGUCCCUCACAGUUCAGGGGUAAAAUGUCGCAAUCAGGAAUACGUACGAUCUACAAUUUGAUAUUCUAUCUGAUCUGUAGUGGUGCUAAUGUGUUACUGCGAAAGCUAUGCACUCACUCAAAUGUUUAUAUUAAAUCCAAAGAUAAUUGAAAUACGCUUUAGGGUGAGAGAGCGAGGGAAAACACCCAUCUGCCUUGAUUUAUACAUUCCAGCUAUAAAUAGAUGACAGUAAUAAUAAUAAUGAUAAUAAUAAUAAUAAUACAGUAUAGUCCGAGAAUAAAUAGCCUUUUUACUUUCUAACCAAUCCCAUGACAACAUUACUUCAAAAGGUUUUUUUUAUUCUUUUGAUCUUUCAUUUUACUCUUAUUUUCACUCAGAUAAAAAAAAAAUUCUGCAGUGCAUUAACCUGUGAUACAUUAUAGUAUUUUAUUUUAAAUUUUUGUUUCUAUUUUAUAACCUGUUGCACAUUUUAAUUUUUUAUUAUUAUUAUUAUUAUUUGGACCAUUUCGUUAACCUGCACAAAAUCAACUUUGGAUUUCAGUUGAACAAAAUCAUGUACUUUUUUCCCCCAUUUUUUUUCCUUCCGCAAAUAUUUCAAACACAAGCACUUUAAGUGGUCAAGAAUUAAGCGCAUCAAUGCACAUUCAGGUCUGUUUAACAUUUUGCACGAUUUCCCGUCAGAGCAGAGGACCAGCUGCCCAAAUCCUGUUUUAAUAAUCCUUUACAAGGAGGAAAAAAAAAAAAAAAAGAAAGUGUUCGCUUGUUCAGGAGAAAUAUAAAGUAAUAAAAAUAAUCACGUUCUGUCUAGAAUUCAUUGGGUUUUCUCAAACACAAAGUAAACACUGUGCAUUAGUUUAGGCUGGAGGGAUGAGCUGAACAACCUGCCAAACCAGAAAGUGCAGAUGGCAGAAAUGCUUUUCUGCAGGAUAUUUUUUUUGAGAGCGCGUGUGUGUGUAAUAACGAAGGUUAGCGAGGAGAACAAGUCGGCUGUAGAGGAUGCCUGGAGGCAGGGAGGGCGGGCGUUCUUCAGCUGAGUGCUGAGUCAGCGCUGAAGCAAAUGAAGGGCAGCUGGACUCUGUGUGUAGACGCAGGUGUUUUUUAACCCAAUGCAAAUCGGCCCCAGGACGCGAGCACAUAUCCAGCAACAGGACACUUAAAGAUUGAGAUUGUUCUUUCAGGACUCAGACAUUUACUAUUUACUACUUUGCCGAAUGUUUGUGAUGAAAUAUGAUGUUUCUGUCUUUGAUAUGACGGUUUUGUACAUCUGUAAAGUUUUUGUUUUUAUGUAUACAAACAUACAUCUAAUACAUAUGUAUAUACAUAUCUAUAUCUGUAUAUUCUAAUGUUAUGUACUAGUGAAGAGUUAAUCUUUCCUGCUCCUGCUGAUUGUUUAUAAUGUUAUAGUGUUAUAAUGAAACAUCAGUGUAAAGUGCUGUACGACACACAGAAUGGAAGGUGAUGGAGGAACAGCAAACAGCUCAGGUGUUGUGUGUGUUUCACAUGCUUGCUUUCAAAACAAUUUAAUAAAGAUGUUUUUAUCCA